GCGAUCAUUGCGCCAGCAGGAAGUUAGUCAACCCCACUUCUGGUGUGAGGCGAAGCGCGGUCGGUUGCGGUUGAAGGAGUGAAGAAGAGGCGACUGGGGGGACAUCUAGCACCAUGAGUCUGCUAAACAAGCCGAAGAGUGAGAUGACUCCUGAGGAGCUUCAGAAGAGAGAGGAGGAAGAGUUUAACACAGGGCCACUCUCUGUUCUGACGCAGUCCGUCAAAAACAACACACAAGUCCUUAUCAACUGUCGCAACAACAAGAAGCUGCUUGGCAGAGUCAAGGCCUUUGAUCGACAUUGCAACAUGGUGUUAGAAAACGUUAAAGAGAUGUGGACUGAGGUGCCCAAGAGUGGGAAAGGCAAGAAGAAAUCAAAACCAGUUAACAAGGACCGAUACAUCUCCAAGAUGUUCCUCCGAGGGGACUCUGUGAUUGUUGUUCUCAGAAACCCUUUGAUUACUGGCAAAUGAAAUGGCUGCUUUUGUGAAAAUUGUAACUUAUGACAUCGAGCCGAAAACCUGGAACUAAUAAUAAACUUAGUUCUUGUUUUUGUUUCUUAAGUUGGGCCCUUACAACACAUUUUUGCUGUGUGGAAUUUAGUUUGUAAUAAAAUUCAUUUUGGCAUA